CCAUUGGUAAAAUGGCGUCUUGUUCAUUAGUUCUAGAUGGUAGAGAAAUUAAACCAGGAAGCGAGGGAAUAGAGGAACAAGAAGAAGAAGUAGAAGAGGAAGAACAAUCAAGAGAAGUUCAAGAUAAUGCCGAGACUGUUUUAUCUGGAAAGAGUGAAGAGAGGUUAAAAAGAUUCAGGGAACUACAUUUAAGAAGAAAUGAAGCAAAGAAAUUGAAUCGUAAAGAAGUUGUUGAGGAAGACAGACGAAACAAGUUACCAGCCAACUUUGAAAUACGUCGCCGUAAAGCAGAAUGGGAGGAACAGGAAGAGGAAUUUAAGAAAAAAGCUGAAGAAGCUGGUGAAGACUACAAACAACUCAAGUUACUCGACGCCAGUGCUGAUGAACUGGACCGACUCCAACGAAAGCGUAAGAAGAAGAACCCUGACCCUGGCUUCUCUGAUUACAAAGACGCUCAAUACAGACAGUACGAGAGGCUCAUCAAACAGGUUAAUCCUGAUCUUGAAUCGUACGAAAAGAAGAAACUAGAACUUGAGUCACGCAGGCCUUGGUACCUAAUAGCGUAGGAGUUUGAUGUGAGGCCUCUGGCCCAUUGUAUCCAGUGACCCUCCUGUCCAUAAGGCAAACUGUACUAUCACCUAAUCCCAGGGAUAAGUAAUUAGGAGACAGGGGAUGGACUGAUAGACUUGUCACACCGCAUGGAAAUGCAUAAAGGACAUCCUAUGAAGCAAAAUAAAAAUAUGUUACAUGAUUUUAGGGUUACCCACAAAGCCUGCUGACAAGCAGGCUUUGACAACUCACAGGCUAUAAGACAACUCGCUCUUAAUCAAAAGCUCCAACAAGUGAUCUGUGAAGCAUCUUAUGAAGACAUUCCUAUUGCCUGGAUAUUCCUUCGUAGUUUAUUCUAUCGUAGUAAAAGAUGUGUCAUUGCUAAAGAUGAGCUUGAAGAAAUGGCACAGGAAUGUGGUAUGGAUAAAAGCUCAUUUCUAGGAUUUUGCAAGUUUUAUACAUCUUUGGGAGCAUUUUUGAUCUGAGCCUGGUUGAUGAGAACUGCCGAGCUGUUGCUGUUAAGCCAAUGGCCUUCCUGUGGUUACUUGAUCUCCUUUUGUAUCCAAGUGAAGAGUUACGUAAAAAGUAUCCCAUGAUAUUGUAUGGAAUCUAUCCAGAAGAAGCUUGCAAGGAAGUUUUUAAAGUAGAUUGCUUAACAUUAUUUAUGGAAGCACUCAUGCCCUGUCUUUGGCAACUAAAGUUGCACCUCAUCUUAUUGAAGCACCAGCAGACAUUCCAUUCAAUCGUAACAUGAUGCAUUACUUUAUCUCGUUGAGUCGUACUGGCCAGUUUAAUGAUGCUCUUCAUCCUCAUUCAAUACACAUUAUCACAAGCAUUAACACACCGCAUGUCUUUAGACAAGUAACAGUAACCAAGCAUCUUUUAGAAUUGCUGAAAGCUCCUAAGCUCAUCCCAUGCAAGUAUUUCAAUCGAACCAUCAUCAAAGAUACAUCUACUGGGACAACAAUCACCAUUGUGUCUCACAGCCCAGCUACCAGAUUGGAUUUGGACAAGCCCAACAGUGAAGUGUGUGGGUGUAUUGUUUGUGCGUAUAAUAAAAUUGCUGAUACAUGCAAUGUUACUGUCAAAUACAAGUUUGUCAAAUUGUGUGCUGAUGAAAAAAUCUCAGAUGUUCAAUCUAUUCCGUCUUCCUCAUAUCGUAUUUUACCAGAUAAUGAGCUUUGUGCUAUAAGCAAAAAGCCUGAAAAAGAUGAUAGUGACCUACUGCAGGCAUGGAAUAAAGCCACUGAUUGAGAAUGAAAUAAAAGAUAUUUCUAAACCAACUGGAGAUAUAAAAGCAACUGAGCUGGCAGAUAUAGCAGACAGGAUUGCCUCUGUUGUACAAGAAUAUGAUAUGGAUGUUUGUGAAGUUGCUAAAACACUUCUUGGUGAGGAAAACAAGGAAAAGUUUCAAGGGCUAGAAAAUGACAAGCGUGUAAAUGGCCUAAUCCUCUUAUGGUAUGAGAACCAGUUGAGUGCAAAAAGAGGCCAAGAACCAAGACGUGAAUUUGCCAAAAAGUUAUCUGAGCUAGGAGCAAAUCUUAUUGCUAAGCUGAGCAUUGAUAAGCAAGCAGAGUUUGAAAAAAUAGUAAAAAGCAAGUUUGAGAAUAUGGCACAAGAAUUGGAUGCCUACUAUUAUCACUAGUUCAUUGCUGGCAAUCACAUACUGAGUGAUCGUACAUGAUAGAAAGAUUAAAUUUAUAGUAUUAUUUUAUUACAUUAAUAGCUAGACUUUUAUACAUUUUAUAUUUUAUUUACCUCAUACCACUUUUGCUCAUAAAUACAUGUAUUAGACAUUUCAUUAGACAGUUCUUAAUAAAAUAUUUUUCUUCUAAAAUGUAAAAUAUGCACAGCAA